AUGAAUCGCUACAACGCGUAUGUACCAAGCCGGCAACUUUCUCGCCAAGAGCUAUACUCUUAUGGGUUCAGGGAAGGUGAUUCGUGGGGAGAAGAUAGGCGAUCCCUUCAAAGAGCAUUUAAUGAAGAGGAUCGACGUCAAUGGGAGCGAGAACAGAGAGCGAGGGGAGGCGGAACAGACACGCGCUACGGCUACGCGCCUUCUUACAGUCAUACGUCGGGCUAUGGGAACAGCUAUAACCACCCAUCGCAGAGGAGCCAAUCAGCCUACUAUCCUGGCUACUACCCUUCCAGCUCUUCAUCGGAUUCGCGAUAUCACUCAUACGAUCCCGCCCUUUCGAGAUCACGUUACGAGAAUUACCGAAACACUCAAUAUCAAGGAUCCAGUGCAGGCAGCCAAUAUGGUGGAUAUCGCGGUAGCACACCAGAGGAGGAUUAUUCGUACGCAAGGAGCUCUGGAUUUGCAAGUUCGGAUGGAUUUUCUAACGGGCCGGAUGUUGGUCGAUAUCGAGAGGACUGUGACGAGGAUAGUGAGAGCUCUGAUGAGUAUCCCAGCGAGGACAGUCGCGAAGAAGAAUCUGAUAGCCCUCUUUCGGACAGUGGAGAAGAUUCGGGUGGUGAUUAUGAUUAUGACUCUGCAUAGGGUGUGCUUAGUCAGUACAACUAGCCCACAAGUCUCUUUGUCAACUCUUUGUUC